GUGGACCUACAUGGACGACAACAACGGCGGUGGGCACUGGGGCCGGCUAUGCGACGAGUGCGGCAAGGCGGUCAACGACCCGGAGCACUUCACGUCGACCGAGCACAUGAAGCAGCGCAAGCAGAUCCAGUUCGCAAAGUACAUGGACGGCGACGACCCCCAGGGGCUACCUGAUCCUCAACGUUUCAUAAUGGGAGGCGACCUGUGGACCAUGACCCGGGGCAGAGCCACACAGGAGAUCCCGAGAAUGCAGUGCCCAGGGUGGUGCUGGGACUGGGAUCUUUACGGGGGACGUUCCCCCAUCGACCCCUGCGUCUACGAGUCGGACUGGGACGCGAUACCGAUCGGAUUUCCAGCGUGCUACGACGGGCCCGGAUACUCCCCCCCGCUAGGGCUGGUGAUCAGCAACAUCAAAGCACCGCCCCCCUGGACCAAGACCACCCGCCCAAAGCAGCAGACAAAGGAGCAACAAUUCCACGGCGCAGGACAGGCACUGGCCGGCUCCCUGGCCAUGAGGG